UACCACUCUCUCCCUCUCUCUCUCUCUCUCUCUCACAAAAAGUAGUACUAGAUUUUGCAGAGUAUGUAUGGCACUUUAUCCACCUGAAUAUUGCUGACAUUUUCUUCUUUCAUCUUGAUGCUUUUUUGGUGGUUCUAAGCUUUGCCCAUUUCAGAAGAAUCACAACACAAUCACAUGGCAUCAUCCAUGGGGCUGGGUUCUAUAUCCGAAGCAUUUCAUCGCGAAGGCCAAACUUGGUACUGCACAAGUGGGCUUCCAACAGAUGUUAUCAUUGAAGUUGAAGAGAUGUCUUUUCAUAUCCACAAGUUUCCAUUGAUUUCUAGGAGUGGACUGUUGGAGAGGCUUAUUGAAGAGGUGUCCAGUGAGGAUGAAUCAGAGUGUGUUUUGCAACUUCAUGAUGUGCCUGGUGGAGCUAAAGUAUUUGAGCUUAUAGCCAAAUUUUCCUAUGGUGUUAAAAUAGAGUUCACUGCUUUGAAUGUAGUCAGCCUUAGGUGUGCGGCAGAGUACCUUAAAAUGACUGAAGAUUAUGGAGAAGGAAACCUCAUCUCACAAACAGAGGGUUUUUUAAAUGAAGUUUUUGGUGAUUGGAAAGAUUCCAUAAAAGUUCUUGAGAGUUGUGCAGAAGUACAAGAAUAUGCAGAAGAGCUCAACAUUGUUUCAAGAUGUGUAGACUCCUUGGCCAUGAAAACUUGUGCAGACCCAAGCUUAUUCAAUUGGCCUAUAUCUGGAAGCAAUAACUCUCAGAACCCAACGGGUACUGUCUUGUGGAAUGGUAUAUCUUCCGAAACUAGGCCACAACCUCUUGGUGAGGAUUGGUGGUUUGAGGACGUCUCAUUUCUUAGCUUUCCCCUGUAUAAACGGCUGAUUUUAGCUGUUGAAUUAAAAGGCAUGAAGCCUGAGACUAUUGCUGCAUCCCUAAUAUACUAUGCUAGGAGGCACCUCCCCUUGAUGAAUAGGCAAUCAAGCUUCAAUGAUGCAAAUCAUGCAAAUCCUGAGACAUCUAUUUCUAUUCCUGAGGCAGAUCAAAGGGUCCUACUUGAAGAGAUUGUGGUGUUAUUUCCUACUAUCAAGGGAGUCACAUCCACCAAGUUUCUGCUUGGGCUGCUCCGUACUGCUAUGAUCUUACAUGCAAGUCAAUCAUGCAUAGAAAAUUUGGAGACAAGGGUGGGAACCCAGUUGGACCAAGCUGUUCUUGUAGAUCUUCUCAUACCAAGUAUGGGUUACUCAGUGGAAACCCUUUACGAUAUAGACUGUGUUCAGAGGAUUCUUGAUCAUUUCAUGUCAUUUUAUCAGGCACCUGCAUCUUCAUCUCCAAACAUAAUUGAAGGGGGCCAAUUGGUGAGUGGAGCUGAUUCUCUGACACCUAUAACUAUGGUGGCUAGCCUGGUGGAUGGAUAUCUUGCUGAGGUGGCACCAGAUGUCAAUUUGAAGCUGCCAAAGUUUCAGGCACUGGCUGCUGUUAUCCCUGAAUAUGCCAGGCCACUCGAGGAUGGUCUUUAUCAUGCAAUGGAUAUAUACCUGAAGGCACAUCCUUGGCUAACAGAUUUUGAGAGGGAGCAGCUCUGUCGACUUAUGAACUGCCAGAAGCUCUCAUUGGAAGCCAGCACCCAUGCAGCCCAGAAUGAGAGGCUACCUCUUCGAGUAAUUGUGCAAGUCCUCUUCUUUGAACAGCUUCGACUCCGUACAUCAAUUUCAGGUUGGUUCUUUGUUGACAAUCUUGAGAACUCUCAAAAUCCCAGUGGAAGCCUUGGGCUUCCAAAAAAUGAUGCAUCCAUUCGGGACCGAGUUGUGGGUGUUGAUGACCGUCUUUCAAAGCUUGAAAGGGAGUGUUCAAGCAUAAAAAGGGAACUUCAUAAAUUGAAGAAGCCGAAGAGAGGUUGGUUCAAUCUUCACAGGCUUGGUUUCGGGAGAACACCACCUUGCAGUUCAAAGAAUCAAAGCCAUGUGGUAUGAAGGCAUUAAUAUCAUUUGUGAAUGAACAGAAAAGUCAUGAAAAUGGUGAGGUGGCUCAUUACUUUUGAAAGUCCAACUAAAUGGACAAAUCUUUUUUGUACUUCCAAUGUUGCUUUUCUCAUUCUAUUUGUUGAAUGCCAGAUAGCUGCCAUUCUUUUAUGUGCAGUUUAGAUUAAAAAAAAAAACAAAUUUUUGUAUUGUUUAGGAUAUAGGUUGUAGGUUAAUCCAUUCAUUAAUUUAUUCUCAUUUACUUGAAAUGAUUGCUAAA